AUGGCCGAAACUGUUGUAUCGUUCUACUCUCUUCGAUCACUGGCGUCCCUGCCGGUACAGUUCAUCGUUCGGGUGUACCGAGGUGGACUGAAUACCCGCAACAUACCAUCGCUCGUAGCCAACUUUGCACUGAACUUUUUCCCCGUGUUUAUUUGGCUAUGCAUUUUCAAGAACGCUGGCGCCAUCCCAGUGGACUGGCGGCCUACUAUUCAUAGUAAAGCUGCCUUUUUGGCAGACUGCUUUAUGUUUGGUGAUUUCACGCACGACCUUGAGUCGCAGUACGGCGAACGCGCCCGACUGCCCACACAACUCUCGUGGUUCACGUCUGCUCUGUUUAUCGUGGUUGUAUGCACCAUUUUGCCCCUAUCACUGUGGUACUACCUCUACUAUCGCCAACGCUGCGAAAACAAUGUAGUCGACCCCCACGCGAAAUUUUUCCAUCCAACCGUCCAGUUCUCCCCCACUAACCGGAGGGUUCUACUGCCGUUCCUGUUUUUCACAUUCACAACAGUGGGGCUCAAUUUCACGCAUCUGUUCGCAGGCCAGGACGAAUCCAACUUUACCAAGACCAAAGACAUUUUCGCAUGGGUCUCGUAUGUGCUCCUCCACCUACUGGCUCCGAUCUUCACAGCCGUCUAUCUCUACGUUUUCCAUCCUCCAGGGACCUUGAAGGCUUUUUCUAUCGCCAUGGGCAUGCAAAAUAUUGCUGGCGUAUUCACACACCUGUUACUGCCCACUGCUCCGCCAUGGUUCAUCCACAUGUAUGGAGUGAACGACUCGAAGCACGUCUCUUACGACCAACCAGGCUACGCUGCGGGACUUACGCGCGUUGAUUCGCACCUGGGAACGCAUCUCAACUCGAAGGGUUUUCACAAGUCUCCCAUCGUGUUUGGUGCAGUGCCCUCUUUACACUCUGCGAUGGCCGUGCAGUGCUUCUUGUUCCUCAUCACCCGUGCCACAAGCACCAAGGCCAAAUCCGAGACCCUGGCAAACAGCGUGGCCAACGACUCUGACCUUGUGCCAAUCCCAGAUUUGCAGCCCAAGGACUCCGCAGACAACUUCAUUGAGCUCGAGUCUCUCUCAGACCUAACUUCAAGCUCGGCGAACUCGAUAAAUGGCGGCCCCAAGCCGUCCGCACAGUUUGGCACACCAGUCCCACCGGCCGCAUUGAAGUCCAAGUGGCUGUUUGUUUUCCACCACGCGUUGUUGCCCCGCAUAUUGGGAACUUUCUUCCCACUGCUUCAAUGGUGGAGCACCAUGUACCUGGACCACCAUUUCCGCUUCGAUCUAUUUGUAGGAAUGUGCUACGCGGUCACAAGUUUCCUUUUGGUCAACUUCUACUACCUGCAACCCAAAGUUCUGAAAAGAUGGUGUGAUCUGCGGAUGGGAGCAGUUGCAGACGAUCGCAAUGAAGCCAAGACCAUGGGUAUGCGUGUCUUCAAGGAUACGAACGUGGAAUGGUUCUUCGACCCAUUUGCAUAG